UUUCUUUCCAAACGCGCGCAACUCACCUGGCUCACUCCCUGCCUGGCCACCGCGGCAAAAGAGAAAUUUCCCUCGUUUUCUCGGAUCUUCCACUCUCCAUUUUCCUGUUUCCCAAACUCUCUCCUCCGUCCCUUGCUCCAUCAUCAAUCAAACGAAAAUCUCACAACAUGAGUAAGGAUUCCUUGCGCGUCUCCGAUCUCGACUCCUCCCUGCCCGCAGCUGCCGCCGCUCUUAGUGCAGAGGAUCGAGCCGACCUUGUAAAUGCACUUAAGAAUAAGUUACAGAACUUGGCUGGGCAGCACUCAAACAUCAUAGAAGAGCUUCCUCCGAGAGUCAGGAAACGCGUGGAGUAUCUGAAAGAGAUUCAGGGCCAACAUGAUGAACUGGAGGCGAAGUUCUUUGAGGAGAGGAGGGCAUUGGAGGCGAAGUAUCAGAAGCUUUAUGAACCACUUUAUACUCAGAGAUACGAGAUUAUAAAUGGUAUAAAAGAAGUUGAUGGGGCCUCAUCUGAUGCUUCAGGGGAUCAAGAAGCUGAUAAAGCUGUUGGAGGAUCAGGAGUACCCGACUUCUGGCUCACUGCAAUGAAAAACAACGAAGUGUUAGCUGAGGAGAUAACAGAACGCGACGAGGCAGCUCUUAAGUUUCUUAGAGACAUCAAAAGUAUUAGGCUUGAGGAUCCUGUGGGUUUCAAGCUGGAGUUUCACUUUGAUCCCAACCCAUACUUCAAGAAUUCCGUGCUGACUAAAACAUAUCAUGUAAUUGAGGAUGAUGAAGAUCCCGUUCUGGAGAAAGCGAUUGGGACGGAAAUCGAAUGGCAUUCUGGAAAAUGCUUGACCAAGAAGAUUCUAAAGAAGAAACCUAAAAAGGGAUCCAAGAAUGCCAAACCCAUCACCAAAAUCGAGGAUUGUCCGAGUUUCUUCACGUUCUUUAAUACACCCCACAUUCCAGAAGACGAAGAUGACCUUGAUGAUGAUGCUGCCGAGGAUCUUCAAGACCGAAUGGAGCAGGACUACAAUAUUGGCACGACCAUUCGCAGUAAGAUUAUUUCUCAUGCCGUGGCAUGGUAUACGGGGGAGGCAGCUGAGGUUGAUUCCUAUGGCCACCACAUAGAUAACGAUGGUGAUGAUACUGAUCAUGACAACACGGUCCAUGAAGAGGAUACUGAUCAUGACACUGAAGACGAAGGGGCAAAAACCGAGAAGGUAGAGAACACACACAAGGGGAGUGGACUUGCAUGAACGAUAACGGUGUCUUAGGGUUGCUUCACUAGUAUCUAUGUAUAGCCGUAUCAUAUAGUUUACUGGUUGAGAACGGCUCAUUUGAUGGCCGGAAAACGUUUUGGGCAACCCUAGUUUGAAUUGGUCUGCGCGAUGGGAGGCUUGUAGUGUUGAGAAUUCUUUGAUUCUUUCGUUUCUAUGGUGUUAUAAAGUCCAUUGACACUCCUUUUUUUCCGUGUGCUGAUGAGUAACGUUUCUUUUAAUGAGAUUAGGUAAAUCAAGCUUUCUUUGUUCCCUUAUAGCUUAUAUCCAUGUUUUUUUACUAGGAGACGAGAUUAUGGAUGGUUGUUUUGAUACGAUUUACUAACUCUUUCUUAACUAUUUGCAUGUGGAAUCGGUGUUUCUUAUGCAUAAAAAAUCUAGAGGUGUGUCAUAAAUGCGACAUUAAGUC